AUGAGUGCCAAGAAAAAGAAUCCGGUGACCUUGAUUGUUCAUUCGGAUGGUGCUCCGUUAAUUCGAACAACAAGAGUAUCGCUUUGGCCGUGCUUUGCCUCCAUUGUUGAGCUGCCACCACCAGUACGAGAAUACCAAACAAAUAUUGUUGUUUUGGCACUAUGGUCAGCCAAACAGAAACCAAACGUGAACGUAUUUUUGGAAGAAACCAUGAAAGAUUUGAAAGAUUUAAUGCGACAUGGAACUUCUAUAUUCAUUGGUGAUCAAGAGUACAAUAUUUGUUUAUCAACACAAUUUUUCUUAUCAGAUUUGCCAGCCAAAGCCUUAUUCUGUCAUACAAUCAAUUUCAACGGUUAUUCAGCGUGCACAUGCUGUUGCACAAAAGGUGUUUGGAGUAAUAUUUACAAAACAGUAUUGUACUCUUAUGCUGGUAACGAUUACACAUCUCGAACUCAUGAUGGUUAUCUGAAAGCGGCGCAAGAAGCACUGUAA